AUGCCAUUAUCGACAAGUGAGCUUUUAGCCAAAGCUUUCAAUGAAUCACCUGCACAGUCAUCUCGAAUAGUUUUAAACAUUAAGAAAAAAGCCAAUACUUCAGACGCAUCCGAUUCUAAUAAAAAAGAUGCAUCUUGGAUUGAUUUAGCUAAAGAACUAGAAGAAUCAGCAUCUCUCAAAUCGAUUUCCGACGAUCCUUUGACAAAUCCUCAAGUGCUUCCUCAUCCACCACAUCACCAUCCAGCAGCCCCAAUUAUUUCUUAUGAAGAUCGAUCAGUUUUAAAUUCAACGUCAAUCUUACACUCUAGCAUCAACUACAGACUAUGCCCAUAUUGCUCACGGCCAUUAUGGGUGUCUGCACUACAAUAUCAUAUUGAAUCGUCCUGCCCCAAGGCGCCCCCAUUACCAAAACUUGCAAAGGAUCCUAGCAUCUUUGUCGAGUCAGUUUCGUCCAAUCAGCAAAAUGGGACGAAAAAGAAAAAGAGGCAAUCAAUAUCUUCAAACUCUGCUCAACAACCGGCUAACAAUACAUUCACAUCGUCACCUCUUAAAAAGAGAAAGCUCGAUAAUAGCAACAACAAUAACAAUAACAAUAGCCAUAACAAUAGCAAUAGCAAUAGCAAUAGCAAUAGCAAUAGCAAUAGCAAUAACAUUAACAAUAAUAAUAAUAAUAAUAAUAAUAAUAAUAAUAAUAAUAAUAAUAAUAAUAACAAUAAUAAUAAUAAUAAUAACAAUAAUGACAACAACAACAACAACAAUGGAAAAGCAUCGGACUCAGGUUCUACAUUAGUUAAUUCAGACCCACCUGAGAAUGAUGGAGUGAAUGGAACAGCAUCUUUAGCAACAACAUCAAAUUCUACUACAGAGAAGGAAGGAGACGCUGAGGAGCCUGACCCAGCAUCUCAAAAGAAAAAGGUGCGAAAGUUUAAUAUGACUAAACAAAGAAAAAUGGCACUUGCUGCUGCGCAGGCAGAAGCGAUUGCGCGAGGCGAAAAGCCACCGACUAUUGAUCAAUUAGAUUUAGCGAAGAUUACCAAGAAGCCUGGGAAGAAGCCACGCAAAUCCAAGGAAAAAGAAAAGGAAAAAGAGAAGGAAAAGGCUGCUAAGGCUAAAGCUCCAGUCGAUGUGGAAAAACAGUGUGGUGUACCACUGCCAAAUGGGGGGCUGUGUGCGCGUUCGUUAACAUGCAAAACACAUUCUAUGAGUGCAAAGCGAGCGGUUAGAGGUCGCUCAGCACCAUACGAUGUGCUACUUGCAAAUUACCAAAAAAUGAACCAAGUUAAGAUGGCAUCCAUGUCUACUGUGCAACAACUUGCCGAUGAAAACGAAGCAUUAGGCGGGUCCGAAGUUGACCCAGAAGAAGAGGUGAGGCAAGUGAUGGAGGGUGUUCACCGGUCGAAUCCGAUUCCAAUGGAACAAAAGAUUUUGAUUCCAACACGAAUGAAGACGAAUUUUAUCAAGAUGCGAGAAAUGUUUGCAGGAGCACUGUUGCCACGAGGUGUUCGCCCGUUGGGUGGAUUUUUGGGUCGGUCAUUGGCCAUCAAUCCAAACAACUCUGCCGAUAUACAUUAUAUUCGACCACCUAAUCAGGUUCUUAAACAACAAAAACUGAUGCAAAUACAUCAGGCUCAAGCUCAGGCACGUCAGUUGGCGAUACAGCAACAACUGGCGCAACAGCAAUCUCAGCAACAGCAACCUCAACAGCAGCAACAGUCUCAACAGACUGGAUUGACGCCACAGCAGAUUGCUUUACAGCAACAACAACAGCAACAGAUGCUACAUCUAGCUCAGCAGAACUUGGCUCGACAUCAGUUGGCACGACAGCAGGCUGGACAUCCACCGUUGACACCACAACAACAGCAGCAGUUUUUGCAUCUUGCACAGCAAAAUAUUGCGCGACACCAGUUGGCAAGACAGCAACAAGCGGCAGCAGCAGCUGUAGCUCAAGCUCAGGCUCAGGCUCAAGCUCAGGCUCAAGCUCAGGCUCAGGCUCAGGCUCAGGCUCAAGCUCAAGCCCAAGCCCAAGCCCAAGCCUAG